AUGCCAUGCAGAACAGUGUCGAUCAACCUACCGAGGGAGAAAUUCGAUCAAGAAAAUCUUCAUCGUCAAGUCAAAAGUCCAGCAAAAGUAAGCGAGCAAGGAAAGGAAGAACUCACAAGGGAAUUCGAGAACUGUCUGGAGCAGGUGCUUACGUGGUUGUUGGAAGCCGAAGAGGAAUUAAGUCUGUUGGAGCGAGUGAACCAGAACGACCUGAAAAUAGUCCGGAGGCAAUUCAGGGAUUUCGAACUAUUCAUGGCAUCACUCACGGAGAGUCAGGACACGGUCGGACGAGUACUG